AUGUCAGCGAAUAGGUUAUCUGAGGAGUACAAGAACGGAGUUGAUUUUUUCUUAAGGUUUUGUUUGGAGAAUGGGGGAGACCCAAACUUUACUUGUUGUCCAUGUCUAAAGUGUUUUAAUGUAACAAAGUUGAGUUUCAAUAAGAUCAAAGAACACUUAUUCUUUAAUGGGAUUGACAGAAGUUAUAAGAUAUGGUAUAGUCAUGGGGAGAAACCCCCUAAUAUACCAGAUCCCCCUAGUAGGAUUAGUAAAGUAAGGAGGAAUAGAGAUGAAGUGAAUUGGGAUUCAUUGGAUGAAAUGAUUGAUGAUGCACGUUAUGGAUCAACAGUAGACCCAAAAAAGUUCGAGACACUACUUAGUGACGCUGAGAAACCGAUUUACCCUGAUUGUAAAAGAUUUACAAAGUUAUCGAUGCUUCUAAGGUUGUUUAAUUUGAAGGCAAAACAUGGAUGGAGUGAUCGAAGUUUGACAGAAUUACUUAGUUUUUUGAAAGAAUUGUUGCCUGAAUGUAAUGAGAUGCCAAUGUCAUUUUAUGAGGCCAAAAAAACAAUAUGUUCAUUAGGCAUGGAGUAUGAAAAAAUCCAUGCAUGCCCUAAUGAUUUCAUACUAUACCGAAAUAGGUUUUCUGAUGCAGAAUCAUGCCCUACUUGUGGUGAGUCACGAUGGAAAAAGAAAAGGAAUGGUGAGGAUGUUAAGGAAGGAAUACCCGCCAAGGUUUUGUGGUAUCUUCCACCUAUACCCCGUUUCAUUCAACUAUUUAGAAAUGCUGAACUUGCUAAGAGUUUGUCAUGGCAUGCAAAUGAGAGAGUGAAGGAUGGUCUUUCUAUUGACGGAAUAAAUCCGCAUAAUAACCUUAGUAGUAAGUACAGUUGUUGGCCUGUCAUGCUUGUUAUAUACAAUCUGCCCCCAUGGUUGUGCAUGAAGAAGAAGUUUACCUUAUUGACUUUGUUGAUAUCGGGACCUAAACAACCAGGGAAUGACAUUGACGUCUAUCUAGCUCCUCUUAUUGAUGACUUAAAAACUUUGUGGAAUGAAGGGGUUAGGGUUUACGAUGCAUACAAACAAGAAGAGUUUAGCCUUAGAGCGGCAUUGUUGUGGACAAUCAAUGACUUUCCCGCUUAUGAAAAUUUAUCAGGUUUUAGUGUGAAAGGCUAUAAAGCUUGUCCCAUUUGUGAAGAAGAAACAUGCUCUCGGUACUUGAAACACUCCCGUAAAGUUUGUUAUAUGGGACACAGGAAGUUCUUGAAGAGUAAUCAUAUACUUCGAACUUGGAAGAAGGCAUUUAAUGGCGAACAAGAGUUUGGGGAGGCUCCCCGACCUUUAAGUGGAAGCCAAGUACUCGAGAAGAUGUCUAAAAUCAUUUUCAAGAUGGGGAAGUCUAAAGUAAGUAUAGUUAAGAAGCGGAAGGGUCGUGGAAAGGCGAAGGUUGUGGAGGAACCAAAAAGUUGUUACAAAAAGAAAUCGAUAUUUUUCGAGCUUGAAUAUUGGGAACUUUUACUUAGUAAGGAUGGAAUUAAGGCGAGAGAAGACUUUACUGCAUUGAAAAUGCGUAAUGAAUUAGCUCCAAAGCCAGGCAAUGGUCGGACAUUUUUGCCACCUGCUUGUUACACAUUGACUAAAGAUGAAAAAAGGGAAGUUUAUGAUUGUUUGUUCAAUAUAAAAGUCCCUGACGGAUAUUGUUCAAAUAUAAGGUCGUUGGUAGACAUGAAAACUUGUACUUUGACUGGCAUGAAAUCUCAUGAUUGUCAUAUUCUAAUGCAACAUGUACUACCAAUAGCUAUUCGAUCAGUUUUACCUAAAAACGUUCGAGAGAUAAUCACAAGGUUGUGUUUGUUUUUCAAGUCACUUUGUUCCAAGGAGGUUGAUGUGUAUACGCUAGACAAGCUACAACAUGAAAUCGCUUAUAUUUUGUGUAAACUGGAGCAAUUCUUCCCACCUGCCUUUUUUGAUAUAAUGAUUCAUCUCACUGUCCACUUAGUUAGAGAGGUACAAUUUUGUGGUCCAGUUUACUUCAGAUGGAUGUAUCCAUUUGAGAGAUAUAUGAAGAUUCUUAAAGGAUAUAGUCGUCGAGGUAGUGUUGUAUGCACAGUUACGCGAGAUGAACUAAAUGAAGCACAUCGUCUUGUGUUACAGAAUACUAAUGAAAUUCAACCUUACAUUGAACAACAUUUCAACUGGAUCAAGACAAAAUUUCCAUCUAGGUCUAAGAACAAAAAAUGGUUACAAGACGAACAUUAUCGUACUUUUAGUAGUUGGCUAGAGCAGAAGGUUGUGAAUGAUUUGAGAAACCCAUUAAAUAAUGUGUCAGACAUUAUUAAGUGGAUUUGUCGAGGUCCUUCUCUUAAUGUCACUAAAUUUUCAUCAUAUAUGGUGAACGGUACUAAGUUUGCUACUAUGGAGCGUGAAAUAUGGGAGUUAGACUAUAUCAUAACUCAAGUGCCUGUUUUCUUUUGUGAUUGGGUGAAGAGUGAUAGUGGAGUCAAAAAAGAAGAUUUAGGUUUCACAUUAAUAUCUUCAUAUGAUCCUUUGGCUGAUGAUUCCAAUGAAGAAGAAAAUGAAGAGGAGGUUAGAGAAGGAGAGCAUAUGGAGGAGGGUGAUAUACCGAGUAGAGGACCAUCCUUUUUGAAAAAAAUUAGCAAAUUGAGAAGUGAAGGGAAGCAAAUUAAGGUUGAGUAUAAUGAGUUUGGUCAAGAAAUCGGUGACGGGAGGGUAGACUUGGCAUCAAAGCUAGGGUCUAUUGUACGAACAACUAUAUCGAUAGAGUAUAAAGAUUGGGCAGCAGUACCUCAAGAAAAGAAAAGACAAAUAUGGGAGAUAAUGAAGAAGUGA